CAGGGACCCAGCGCAUGGAAGGUAGAGGGCAGAAGUGCGUGUUUCCUCUCCUCCCCUUUACCUCCGUUCAUCUUCUCUUUCAGAUGACAGGCUGAACGCUCAGUGGAAACAGCAGGAAGAGUGUGUACCUGUGCGUGUGUGGCGUACUCCAUCGGAGAGUCUCAUUCAACAUGCUGUAACAUCAGGCAAACUGGCUCUACAAGAGAGAAAGAGACACAGAAAGAGAGCUUGCAGAAUAAAAUGACCACCAGGCGGUGAGAAAUGAGUGUGUGUUGACUUUCCUCAUGAGGGCUGAGAGAUGACCAUGAACAGCCGCUGGUCCUUCAACACCCUGGCCGUCAUCUUUAUCCUGCUGUCCACUGCAGCUCUCUCUGCACACUUCAGAGUGUGUGAGCCUUACUCCGACCACAAGGGGCGCUAUCACUUUGGUUUCCACUGCCCUCGCCUCUCGGACAACAAGACCUACAUAUUCUGCUGUCACCAUAACAACACGGCCUUCAAGUAUUGCUGCAAUGAAACUGAAUUUCAGAGCGUGAUGCAGCUCAACCUCACCACCAACUCAGAUGGUUUUGCUCACAAUAACUACACCGCCCUCAUCGGUGUGUGGAUUUACGGCUUUUUCGUCAUGGUCCUCCUGGCUUUGGACUUCCUGUACUACUCGGCUAUAAACUAUGAGUUGUGCCGGGUCUACCUGGAGAAAUGGGGGCUGGGAGGACGGUGGCUCAAACAGGCCAGGAGUCAAUGGCACAGCGCGGCUCAGGAGGGCGAACACAACAUGGGAUCAGGCCUGAGUCACCACCACCAUGCACGGCACAGUUUGAGAGGCGAAGCACAGAGCCCUACGCUCUUGACCUUCCAGACCUCAACAGCCUGAUAUCCAGCUUUGAUCCCAAGGAUAUACUUAGUAUGACAAAGGAGGGACAGCCAGGAAAUGGAGAUUUUAUAUUCAGAGACUCUUUUGCUGGUCCCAUCUACAUUUAGACACGGACUGUGCUGGCUACCUCCUGCAGCUCUGCUGGAUGGCAUUUUCUCCACAUGAAGACGCUGAUGCUGAGACUGACAGCUGCAAAUGAGUUUCUCUGCCCAAUCAGAGGAGGCUUGUUCAGCUGGAUCUAAUUUUCGACAGCUGUUGAAGGACUGUUGUCUUUGACGCCCACUACCUUGCCUUGUCAUUUCAGAAGUUAGGACUUAGAUGCAGGGAAUAGGACUUUGCUAAAAGUUUGUGUCCAUAAAUAUCUACAGUAUAUGUCAUGUUUGCACUGCUCUGAAGCUAUUGGUUGGCUUUUCUUGAAGUAGCGAAAAAGAUUAUUUUGAUUUUAAUUUGACUCAGCAGGAUCAAACAAGACAUGCAUUAACUGCAGUUAAUCUAAAAAAAAAAAUUCAUACAGUGUGUUAAGGCACGGUCACAUUUACCAUUGUUCUGUGAACUUUUGCGGGCGAAAUAUCAUGAGGGCAAAAAAAUAUUUUGCAAUGCAGAUUUUGCAUCGAGUUAUGUGGAUUCGCCAUGUUGAAAGCACCUUGACUAUUGCUAAAGUACAAUAGACAAUGGACCUUUGUUGUCCACAAAAUUUUGCUGAAAUUUCGCUAAAGUGACCAGAAAGUUUAGACUUAA